AAUAAAAAAAAGUUAUUCUUUGUUUAAAACAGGGUAGUUUGAAAAAAAAAACGUUAACAAUACGUGUGAAUUGUGAAGCUAAACAUGUACUAACAUCUUGAAAUUAUUACUCAGCAAAUGUUACAAAAAAAACUAAAAGUGAAAGUGAUCGUGUGAUAUUCUGAGAGCAUUUCCGUGCAUCCCAUCCCAUGAAAAGUUAAUGAACCCUUCACAGAAUCAAGGACUUUGCUUGUUUACCAGUGACUCUCGUUCGAAGUUUUGUGGUCAAUCGAAACAUAUUCAACGACUCAACUAAUCUUUAGUUAGAGCAGUUGGAAUUUCUAUUGAAACAUCGAUUUUUUAACUUCAAAAAUUUAAGAAAUAUGAAUCAACAGAAUUCCAACGUUAUUGAACCACGUGCAGAUGAAGAUUCAGUUGGCGGUAAAAAUUUAUCCUUGAAAAAUUCUUCGGUCACAACGAUCAGCAGAAAUGAUCAAAUCGCAUCGAUCGGCGAUUCUGAAGAGCCCCCUGGAAAUGUUCCGGUUAUUAUCAAAAGGUUAAGUUUUCCGGAAGUGAUCGAGAGAUGCGAUGAUGGAAAAAUUAGCAACCGGAAGUCGUCCUCGGCGAGCAAACGUUCCCUGAGGAAUAAGGUUUUUGUGCCGCGUAACUCACUGCUGACCGAUCUGUGCGAGGAUCAGAACUUCAGAACGCUCUAUCAUAUUUUCAUUGUGGCACUGUUGAUCGUGUUAUUUUACACGAUCGUGUACGACUUUGUCGAAGGUGGAAGUAUCAAAUUCGGAUUGGGACCUAUCGUUGCUGGAUUUGCCAAAUUUCACUACUCGUUGAUACUGUGGUGCAUGAUGCUAUUAUGCACCCUAUGCGCUUAUCUGCUGUUUAAGUGUUGGAUUGUGAUUCACAGAAAAUUAAAAACUGAUCUGCUGAGAACAACAUGGAACAUCGUUGGACUGUUCAACUUCCUGUUGUAUCAGGGUUCAUUCUUGGUAUUAACCCUACUAGCCGUCGCAUGGCUAGAUACGCCUCCAGCUUCCUCGGUAGCGGUCCUGAUCGAAAUGACCCGCUUCGUAAUGAAAUUCUUCGCAUUUGUGCGUAGUAACGUAUGCCGGGCGCUAGAUGUCGGCAGCUGCGACACCAUCCUUCUGCCAUCUUUUAACCGAUACAUUUACUUCCUGUUCGUGCCGCCGUUGGUUUAUAGCGAUGAGUAUCCUCGAACCGAGCGUAUCCGUUGGGCUGUGGUGGGCAAACACGUGUUUGAAGUUAUUGGAGUAAUUUUCUACAUCAGCUUUUUGCUGGAACGGUUUUUAAAUCCGACGUUCUAUAAUUUUGGCAAGGAGGACAUAAGCUUGGGUCAUCUUAUUUUGAGUAUUUUUCGAAGCAUCAUACCGGCUUUUUUGAUAUGCGUAUUUUUGUUCUAUUGCAUGUUACAUUCGUGGAUGAAUGUCGUCUCGGAGUUGCUGAGGUUUGCUGAUCGGAUGUUCUACCGGGAUUGGUGGAAUGCUUCGUCCUUCGCUGAGUAUAUCCGAUCGUGGAACGUGAUCGUGCAUGAUUGGUUGUAUACCUACAUCUAUAAGGACUUGGUUGAGUAUUGUAUGGGUAAUUGUAGGUUCUUAGCAACAAUAGCUGUGUUCACGUUGUCGGCUAUUUUCCACGAAAUCAUACUGGCCUUUACGUUUCGGUUCUUCUAUCCGGUGAUGUUCGUACAGUUUGAGUUCAUGGGGUUACUGUUGAUGCUUUUGACGAAAAAUGUGCGAAAAGCCUACGGUAAUGUUCUUCUGUGGUUUUUGCUGUGCAUUGGAAGUGGAAUACUGCUGAGCCUAUUCAGUAUGGAAUUCUACUCCCGGAGAAACUGUCCGGUGAGCGAUGAAUCUCUGGUAGAUUACAUGAUACCAGUAUCGUGGUUCUGCAACGGAAUCUCAGUUAAUCUUAACUGGACCAUAACUAGCGUAUUAAGUAGUAGUUGA